UCUCCCAAAAUUUAAUAGAAUUUAAACAGGAGGGCAAAUAUAGUUGAAGAUUAUAAUCCUCAUAAAAUUACUUGUAAUCAUGUCAAGGCCACAACGCUGCGGUUUUGUAUCAUUAUUGUAUAGCAUCGGAGAUAGACCUCUUAGUUUAUGGUCUAAGCAUGUUUCAUUGGAUGGAAGGAUUCGUCGAGUCGAAGACCAGGUAUUGAAUCGCGAUAAAGUUAUCGAAAUAAUGGGACCACACCAAACUCCUGUACCAACGAAUAUAACCUGUCCCGCCAAUCCAAUGGAUGUACUGAACAUUAAAUUGCCCAUUUUUGUUCUUGUGGUUAAAAACUUGGACCUUAUGUUCAAACUCGAAUUUCAGCUCAUAGACAAGGCGAGGCAUCGUCGACAAUUUUCUCUGACUACCCAUAACCAUGAAAAGCCUCGAUUGGCUCAUGCAAACACAACUCAAAUACCACUAAAGUUAGACGAAGGCUGGAAUAAUCUGGAAAUAAAUCUGCAAACACUUUGCACUCAUGUUCAUGGAUCAGACUAUCAAGCUAUUCAAAGGAUAAUUGUAUAUCCAAAUUGUCGACUUAGAAGAGUCUAUUUCCAAGACAGACAUUAUGAUCAGAAUGACACACCGAUUGAAUUAUGUCAGGCAUUUUUUGACAUGUAUAUGUUGAAAUGGGGAAUUCAUUUGGUAGAAAGAAGUUGUCAGACAGAAGAAAUAUACACAGGUCUGUGUAUAACAUGAUACAGCCAUUCCUUCACUUCGUCACCUUUUUUGUCUGAUAAUUUUUUUAAAAUUUCAAACAAACAAUCUCGAAUUACCACAGUUGUAAAAUUUUCAUUCUAGUUAACAUUCUUACCCCUUAACGUUUAGUUCUAGGAUUCAAUUUGCUCUGUGACAUUCAGAUACUGGAUAUGAUAGAGCUAAGACACUACUUAUAACAGUCUAAUAUAAUAUUAAACAUGCUUUAUUUAGGCCCACUCCAACCAUGUGAUAUGGAAUACUUUGCAACCGAAAGCAACAUGUCUAUAGGUGUGACAACUGCAAACCUGUGUUCAAAUGAAGAUCCUCGAAUAAAUCAAAUUAAAAAAAUUAUGGCGGAGGACAUUGGU